GCUUUACCCCUGGCCUCGCUUUUCCUCCUCCCCCCUUUUAAGUCUCUCUCCCUCUCUCUCAUCGAUCCGUCCCUCCUGCUCCCUCCGACGACGCGCACGGCCUUCGAAGCCGCCGGCUUCUUCUCUUCCGUCGCCGGAGCCGCGUCCUUUCUCUGUCCUCUGCGUCUCCACAUCUUCGAUCUCUCGCCGACGCUCCCGUCCGUCUAUCUCGUGUCCUUGAACCCUCGUCGGAAAUUUGCAGCCGAUUUCCAUUCGAGGCUGACAUAGUUCAGAGAAGCAUCAUGGGCACAAACACACAACAAAAUUCUGUGGAUUCACCCAAAACACCCAAAGCAGAGAUAGACACAAGAGCGCCUUUUGAAUCUGUUAAAGCUGCUGUCAGCCUUUUUGGUGAGGUAGCAUUUACAUCUGACAGAGCUACUGUGAGAAAGCCAAAGCCUCCACCCAUUGAGAGGGCUUUAGCUAAGGAGACACAGCUUCACUUGGCUAAAAAGGAGCUUAACAAGUACAAGGAACAGCUUACUAAUGCUGAAACAACUAGGAUCCAAGCACUUGGUGAGUUAGAGUGGGCUAAAAGAACUGUUGAGGAACUGACCAACAAACUGAAUUCUAUAAAUGAGUUGAAGGAAUUGGCUCUAAAAGCUACUGAAGCUGCAGAGACUCAAACAAAGAAACUUGAAGAUGUGAGCUCUGUUGAAAAUACUCGUCAGGGUGGUGUCUGGGAACAGGAAUUUGACAAUGCAAGGGAGCAGUAUGCAGUUGCCAUCACGGAGCUUGAUGCUGCAAAACAGGAACUUAGAAGGAUCAAGAAGGAUUUUGAGAUAUCAAUGGAGUCAAAGCUCACUGCCAUCGAGCAGGAAGCUGAAGCAAAGCAGCUACAUGAUGGCAACACUGAGAAGGUCGCACAGCUGUCGGAGGAGAUUUCAGCUGCUCAGGAAUCACUUAUGCAUGUGAAGCUUGCCACUGAUCAAGCCCGUCAAGAAGAAUCAAAGAUUCGCAUCGAGAAAGAUGCUGCCAAACAGUCUUACAAACAAGCUCUAGAAGAUGCUGAAAAGAAAUUGGCUUCUUUGAAGAAAGAGUUUGAUCCUGAAGUUCAUAAGAACCUUGAGGCCAAGCUGGCAGAGACAACUGCUAAGAUUGGAGCCGUGCAGAAGGAAAUAGAAGAUGCCCAGACUUCAGAUGUGGAGUUUGUUACAACAGUGACUGCUGAGCUUGAUGGUGCUAAAGAGAUGCUGCAGAAACUUGCUGAAGAAGAGAGUUCGCUCAGGAGUUUGGUCGAGUCCCUGAAGCUUGAGUUAGAAGCUGUAAAGAAAGAGCACACAGAGCUCAAAGAGAAGGAUGCAGAAACUGAAUCUGUUGUCAGUAACCUUCACGUCAAACUUCAGAAAUGCAAAGCUGAGCUUGAGGCAGCCAUAGUUGCAGAAUCCAAGGCAACUUCAGCAUCUGAUGAUCUAGUGUCAGCCCUUCAUCAGCUAUCAUCUGAAUCUCAGAACGCAUUGCAGGAAGCAGAAGAAAUGAAGAAAAGUGCUGAAGAGCUAAGAGGUGAAGCAGAGGCAGCCCGAACCACCUUAGAUGAAGCAGAGAAAAAGUUGCAGGUUGCUUUGAAGGAUGCAGAGGAAGCAAAAGCAGCAGAGGCAAGAGCCCUUGAACUUACCAAGGAACUUUUUGAGAAAGCAAAUGUUGCUCGUGCAUCAACUUCUGAGUCUGGGGCCAACAUAACAAUCUCAAAAGAAGAAUACGAGUCACUGACCCGAAAGGUUGUGGAGUCUGAGAAGCUGACAGAGAUGAAGGUUGCUGCUGCCAUAGCUCAGGUAGAGGCUGUGAGGGCCAGUGAGAAUGAGGCAAUCAAGAAACUUGAGGCAGCUCGGAAGGAGAUGGAGGAUAUGGAGACAGCAACGGAGGAGGCACUGAAGAGGGCUGAAAUGGCCGAGGCUGCUAAGAAAGCUGUUGAAGGAGAGAUGAGGAGGUGGCGGGAGAAGGAACAGAAGAGGGCUGCUGAGACUGCCUCAAGGAUACUGGCUGAGACACAAAUGUCAACAGAAGCAUUGCCGCCAAGACCCAUGGUUCAGAGUGUGAAAACCGCAGAGAAGAAUGAAGAGAAUCGGAAGGUUGUUAGAUCAACGGUUUCAAAAAAGGCACUUCUGCCAAACCUCAGUGGCAUAUUCCAUAGGAAGAAGAGCCAGGUUGAUGGUGGCUCCCCAUCUUAUCUCCCAGGCGAGAAGCCUGUCUGAUCUGAUACUAUCUUUACUAGCUUCUCUUGUUGUAUGAUCUGACGAUGUGUUUUAGGCCUGAGAGCAUGUGCAGGGGUUUUGCUUAUGUAUAGUUCUGAAGGUUUGGCUCUUUGGUUGUUUCUGAACUCUAGUUUCAUGUUCCAGUUUCAAUGUUGCUACACGCAUAUCACUUUUCUGGGUGUUGUCUA